GAGCCGCUCGGUGAGCUGAAGAAGAAGAGCAGCAGUAGUUUCAGUGGUGAGUUUUGAAAACUCACGAAAUAAAAAAUAAAAUUUCAGCGCAAAAAUCAGCUUUAAAAGGCUAAUUCAGCGCCGCAGCGACGAUUAUUUCUCCUGCUGGUUUGGGUUUUAAAGACCGUUCACUGGGUUUAAAGUUAGACCUGCGUUCUUUUCUCUCUGUCCUAGAACCCAGUACAGAUGUCCCUGGUGGACUUGGGGAAGCGGCUUUUGGAAGCUGCGCGGAACGGAGAGGAUGAAGAAGUGCGGACACUGAUGGCAAACGGAGCUCCUUUCACCACCGACUGGCUGGGAACCUCACCGCUGCACCUAGCGGCGCAGUACGGUCACUGCUCCACGGCCGAGGUGCUGCUGAGAGCGGGCAUCAGUAAAGACGCCCGCACCAAGGUGGACAGGACCCCUCUGCAUGUGGCAGCCACAGAGGGCCACGAGCUCAUUGUGGAUUUAUUAAUCAGAAGUGGAGCAGACAUCAAUGCCAAAGACAUGCUGAAGAUGACCGCUCUACACUGGGCUACUCAGCACGGACACCACAACGUUGCACAGCUGUUAAUCAAACACGGCGCUGACGUUCACGCCCUCAGCAAGUUCGACAAGUCCCCCUUUGACAUCGCGAUGGACAUCCAGCACGCGGGACUCGUGAGUUUACUCCAGGAGGGCAUGCGGAAGCAGGUGAACAGGAACGCAGAAGCUUCCAUCAUAAAUGGAAACGUCGCCCCGCAGUUCAUCAUUCAGGGGGUCCCCAACAUCCAGGGGGGAGUCAUCAACAUCGCCGAUCUCAUCAAACCCAACGCUGGAGACACAGAGGAGGCAAUUGCGGUCAGUGCCUUGGACACUGGCAUCCAACAGGUGGUCAAUGAAGCUGGUCAGAGGGUCAUCACCAUACUGACAGAUGAACAGGGUCACCUGCAGACCAGACUGGGACAACCUGUCUUUGUGACUAUGCAGAACGGACGGCAAGUGUUGGCGGUUCCAGCCAGUCAGAUUAAAGAAGAGGUGGUGGAGGAGGACGUCGAGCCUCCGACCCGGAGGAGGAAGAUUGAAGUCUUGCCAAGUUCCAUAGAGCAGAGUGAUACGGAGCAGUUGCAGAGGCAGCUGCAGGAGGCUAACCGUGCGGCGGCAGCGUAUCACCAGCAGCUCCUGCAGAAGGAGAAGGAGGCGGAGGCGUACCGCCGGCAGCUGGAGGCCAUGGCCAACGGACAGGCUGCCAACACCGCCAGCCUGGGGGGGCAGCAGGUCAUCAUCCAGGAGGAGGUGUGCGUGGACUCGCCGCAGAUCGAGGGAGAGGAGGAGGUGCUGCUGCUCUCCGACGGAGACGUGGUGCUCAACACGGAGGAGAUCGACUCCACAGAGGAUCCUCAGAGCAUAACCAUCCACACUAAACUCAUCUCAUAGCCAGACGGACUCACGGACUCCGCUCAGGUGGUGAAACGUACACCAGCAGUUCGUUUCCUGCUCUUUCUCCUCGUUUUUAGCUGGACGCCUGUUUUUUUUCCUGUUUCUUUAGUACCGCUACUGUUUUUCCUUCUGUUCCCGUUUUUCUUCAAGACGAACCAGACGUCUCUCAAACAUGAAGGUGCCAGAAACGGGGUUCUCGCAGUAAAGAACGUUUCAGAUAAAUAAGAUGUGAGCGUGAAGACCCCCCCCCACCCCACCCCCACCCCCCCUCGACACAGUGUGAAGGCUCUACACUACAGUUUGGAAUCAGAUCAGUAAUUUUUAUUAGUUUAAGUACAAUAACAAUGUCCACAAUGCAGAUUUGAGCCUAAAAUAUACAGAAAAACAUACUUUUGGAUGUCGUGUUCAGUAUUUUUCAGGUAUUAUGGCACCAAGCAGUUAUAAGAGAAUAAACACACUGUAAAUACAGUCCUGAGGUUUAGACUCCUCUGUGAAAAAAACAGCAAACAAACUUCAGCAGGUAAAUAUUUGUGUGAAGUUAUCUGAAUUUCUCACUUAUCUGGGGAUGAAACACAAUGUUUUGAAUGAUUUUAUGACUUAUACGUUAAAUAAUUCAAAUAACAUCAAAUAAAAAAACAGAAAAUCAUCAAAAUAUGUAAUUUCGACGAAAUAUUUUUAAGAUCUGCACUGAGAUGUUUCUCACCUCUGAAAUUGACAUUAUUAUUGAGUGUAGCUGUAAUUUUAGAAUGACCUCCAGCUCCGAUCGUCGUUCUGUGAUUAGAGAUUAUUAAUAGGCAAGUUUGUAAAUCUGUACUGGGAGUUACGUUUGCAGGACUAGACGCUCUUUAAAAAAAGAUGGUUCUUUAACAAAGAAAACGGUUCUAUAUUAGACUCUUAGAACACUCAAAGAACGCUUUGCAUGACUACAGUGUUAUCCAUGUUGAUGGAGAACGUGUUAUACAUUUUUCAACAUUUGAACCGUUUUGAAAAGAACCUUUUUGAAAAGGGUUCUAUAUAGUACCUAAAAGGGUUCUUUUGUUGUUACAGGCUUGACACCAGAACUGUAGUAGAACUCUUGAGUGAUAAGAAGAAAAAGGUUCUGUAUAGAACCAUCUAUAACACAUGAUUCAUCGUUCUGGAGAACCCUUUCAUGAUGCAAAGAACCCUUUAAGUCUCUUUUCUCUGAGUGUUUAUGAUUCUGCUAAAGAACACUCGAAGAACCGUCGUUCUUAUCUGCCACUUUCAUUGAAAACAUUGAUUCCGAACUGAUGUUAGUUUUUUUUUUUUUUUUCUGUGACCGUAUCCUUUGGAACCCUUUAGAACCCUUUGGGAACCUUUAUGUUUGGGAGAUUUUGUUAUAAGCAAGGGGACAGGCAGCAAACGGACUCUAAACAAACCUUUUCCAUUAUUUUUGUGUUCUUUGGUCUAGAAGGUCCAGAUCAGCUUGGAGCGUUUAGCUUGUAUUAGUUCAGUGUGAUGUAGACGUGUCAGGAGGGCCGAGAUGCUCUGGACUGUUCGCUCAGGAGAAGCUGUUCCACACGUCCUGUGAUUUAUCUUUAUUCAUUUUUCUUCUGUGAAUCGUCCUGUUGUAGUAAAACGACCCCUCUUGCCCUCCGCUUAAAGACCCGCAUUGCUCAUUUGUA